AAGAGAAUGGUAUUGGAGGGAAUGGGUGAGGAGUUCAAGUCUGUUCAAGUGGUGUUAGCUUGACGAAGAAAGGUAGCCAUAUUAAGCGAAUCUGUGGCUCUUCAGAGUUGAGUUUGGGGCGUAGGUUUUAGCGUAUAGAGGUAGAAAAAUAGGAAUUAAGGAACAGAAAAUUACAAAGGAAAAGGCGUUUUUGUGAAUCUUGUGUAUGAAGAGACCACUGAGAGAGAGAGAGAGAGAGAGAUAGAUAGGGAGUUUUGAGUUUUGUUGUGGCUUGAUGAUCCAUGUCGAAAAUGAAGCAUCUUCUUCGAAAGCUUCACAUCGGUGGGGGACUUAAUGAGCACCAGCGAUUGAGCGAUUCCCAACCCGCGACGCGACCCACUUCGACCCCAUGCCCCAAUAGUAAUUCAUCGGUGUCUCCUUCUUCUGGGUCCUCCUCCUCUGUGGCUAUGCCGUCUUCCACUACAAUGGAGGCCGUUGAAUCGGUGGUUGAUCGGACGGCUUCUGGCGAUGUGGAUGGUGGCUGCGUCGAUUUCAAUGCUUUGGAGGAGGAGUUUCAGAUGCAAUUGGCUAUGGCGAUUAGCGCUUCCGAUCCUGAUUCGAGACAAGACACUGAGUCCGCUCAGAUCGAUGCCGCUAAGCGGAUGAGCCUUGGCUGUUCGCCUUCCAUCUCCGGCAGUAAAGCCCUCGCUGAAUUUCUCUCCCUACAGUAUUGGAGCUAUAAUGUUGUAAAUUAUGAUGAAAAAGUGAUGGAUGGAUUUUAUGACUUAUAUGGCAUUACUGCGAACUCUAGCACCCGAGGAAAGAUGCCACUGUUAGUGGAUCUUAAAGAAAUAUGUGUUACAGGUGAUAUCGAUUAUGAAGUGAUUUUGGUGAACCGCUUCCUUGAUCCUGAGCUUCAACAGUUGGAGAGACAAGCAUAUAACAUAUUCAUGGAUUGCGGAGUUUCUGAACAUGGCUUCAUUUUAAGUGGCCUGGUUCAAAAACUUGCUGAUGUAGUUGUUGCUAGAAUGGGUGGUCCUGUUGGGGACGCUGAAGAAAUGUUGAGAAGGUGGACCCUCAGGAGUUAUGAGUUGCGUAGUUCUUUGAACACGAUUAUUCUACCGCUUGGACGCCUUGAUAUUGGACUUGCACGUCAUAGAGCUUUGCUUUUUAAGGUGCUAGCUGAUAGGAUUAAUCUUCCAUGCAUACUUGUCAAAGGAAGCUACUACACUGGUACUGAUGAUGGAGCUGUGAAUAUGAUCAAAGUUGAUAAUGGAAGUGAAUAUAUUAUUGAUCUUAUGGGUGCUCCAGGCACACUAAUUCCAUCAGAGGCACCCAGCGGUCAAUUUUCGAAUUAUGGCUUUGAUAGGAGACCCGCAGAUGUUAUAGCAGUUCCCGAAGAUACACCGGUAUUAAAAAAUGAAGGAGCUGAAGCUGUAUUGAUUUCAUCUACUCAAGAUGGAGUAGAAAAUGUUUGCAACUUAGUAUCCAAAGAAGCUUCAGAUUUAGGUGUUCAAUCAAAAGAAAACGGCAGAAACUUUAUUGAAGAAAUUCUAAAUGGGAGUUCGGAUUAUGAUUUUGAGAAGCUUUUAGAAUCAGAAAGCAGUGCAUUUGAAAGUUCAUCGGGUGCAUGUGCACAGUCGGCAUCUGCGCAAAAGAAGAAAGUUAAAAAGGUAUCGAAGUAUGUCAUUAGUGCUGCAAAGAACCCAGAGUUUGCACAGAAAUUACAUGCUGUAUUGUUAGAGAGUGGUGCAUCACCUCCUGCAGAUCUGUUUUCAGAUAUAGAUUCACAGGGAAAUGGUGAAAGGAAAGCGAUUCACCAAAUGUAUCCGAUCAACGGGAAAGGCAUGGAUGUUGGGCUUCAGUGCAACCCUUUUGUGUUGGCAAGCCAGGGACAGUCUUCUGCUGAAGCAGAGUAUUUGAACAAUCUUGUCCAUGAAAAUAAGCAGAAAGCGUCUACUGUGGGAUCAACCGAAGAACAAAAACCUGAGACAAAUGCGAACAAUCAUGGCACUUUUUGGCCUCAGAGUAUGAAUGAGGGGUUUGUGUUUGUUGAUGUUAAUGGUGAAGCAGGAAAAUUGGUUGAUGUUAAUGGGACUCUUCAUCGUGAACAUGUGGAUGGUGUUUCGUUAACCUCUGUUGCCAAUUCUCAUAAAAAACAACUAGGAAGUACCUUAGUGGAUGAAGAAAGAAGAUGGUUGCAAGAUAAUCGUGAGAGUCCAUCAGAAAAUUUGAUAGAACUUGAUGAUAGUAACCUGCAUGCUAGUGAUGGCCACAGCGAGACGAUCAACCCGAUAUUAGGCGAAGUUGCAGAAUGGGAAAUUCCUUGGGAGGAUCUUCACAUUGGUGAACGUAUUGGUAUAGGAUCGUAUGGCGAGGUUUAUCGAGCAGAUUGGAAUGGGACUGAAGUUGCUGUGAAGAAGUUCUUAGACCAAGAUUUUUCCGGUGCUGCUUUGGUCCAAUUAAAAUGUGAAGUUGAAAUCAUGUUAAGACUGAGACAUCCUAAUGUUGUCCUUUUCAUGGGAGCAGUCACUCGCCCUCCUCAUUUCUCAAUCCUCACAGAGUUUCUUCCCAGGGGAAGUUUGUAUAGGUUACUGCAUCGUCCCAAUUCUCAACUCGAUGAAAGGAGGCGACUGAGAAUGGCUUUCGAUGUGGCCAAAGGAAUGAACUACUUACACACAAGUCAUCCAACCAUUGUUCAUAGAGAUCUUAAGUCCCCCAAUCUCCUCGUUGAUAAAAACUGGGUUGUCAAGGUUUGUGAUUUUGGGUUGUCACGUGUCAAGCAGAACACGUUUCUGUCAUCAAAGUCAACUGCUGGAACGCCCGAAUGGAUGGCACCAGAAGUUCUAAGGAAUGAACCGGCCAAUGAGAAGUGUGAUGUGUAUAGUUUCGGUGUGAUCUUGUGGGAGUUGACGACAUGUCGCAUACCGUGGAAAGGUUUGAACCCAAUGCAGGUUGUAGGAGCUGUAGGAUUCCAGAAUAGGCGCCUGGAAAUCCCAGAAGAUGUUGAUCCAGCAGUAGCACAGAUCAUUUGCGAUUGUUGGCAAACGGACACGCAACUGAGGCCGUCAUUCUCUCAGCUUAUUACUCGAUUACGACGUCUUCAACGGCUUGUUCGGAAAACAAACUCCGGGAAUCUAAUAUCGGAGUGAACAGAAAAGAUUCAUGUGCAUUUACAUUGAAGAAGUUGUUCAAUGGCUCGAAGAGUCCGAACAGCCAGCGUUCGUUUCUUUUUUCGUUUCUCCUUUUUGAGUAAAGCUGUUUGAAAACACUGCAACUGGAUAGGGGAAGUGCUAGUUCAUUCAAAGUGGGAGCUCAGCACAAACUUAUUUAGGAGUGGAAAGUGGAAGAUCCUCCAAAACAACAGGUAGCUGCAUAAGUUAAAGAGUGUGCAGUGGUGGGAUCUGCCAUUUUUUUAUAUAUUGUAGUUCUUGAUGUGUAUGUAAGAAAAUUCCCAGAUGAAAGGGGGAAAAAAAGAUGAAAAAAAAAGGAAAAAAAGGGGGAAAAUAAUAAGUCCUUCCAAGCUUGAGCUGUGUGUGUGGCUGUGGAGGCCUUUGGGGAAUUGUAAACAUUUGGUCUCUGCAGAUUACUGUGUAAAAGAAAUUUAACCCUCACAAGAAUGAAAAGCACAAAGAAAGAUUCAUAUGAA